UUACCAGCGCAACUCAAAGCUCGACUAACUGAAAACUUUGAAAACUGGAGCGCACGGUCAGUCGAUCGAUGCAUUUGUUUCAAGAUACUGAUUCCAGCGACUUAUUCUGGGCUCAUCGACGUGCAACCGUAUUACAUCUUCUGGGAUGAUUCCGGCUAGUUCCGAUCGAUGCGAAUAAAGCGAAAAGUCCGUAGCAACAGAACUUCUAGCAAUCGCCAGCUCACCGUUUCGUUUUAAUAUGACCGGCGAUGGCAGUAGCGACGAAAAUCCAUAUAUCGAACACGUUUAUAGGGGUCAGUAGUGGUGGUCGCGCUUGUAUGUGUCAGCCCCUCCGACGACGAUAUUGUUUGUCUCUAGUUGUCAUACUUUCGAGCAUGUCAGGCCGAGUCCACACGUACCGAGGCGCACAGUAGUGCUGCUCGGCUGGUCUCGAGCUUCUCACUUUCCGCGCGCUUCCGCUAUUCGAUUGGAAGUCUCUGCGAAACAGACAGCUUUUCGUUUCUCUUUCGCUGUGUACAUACGUUAGUGAAAAUUGAGAUAGCAAUGCAACAAGUCAACUUGAGAUUCUCGCUCUCGUCUACCUGAGGUGAGUGUAUUCUUCGGUGGUAGAUGUUGGGAAUACUGCGAGAGAGUUUUUCGAUACCGAUCAUUUAUUUUUGCGGGAAUAUAAGUUUGUUAGUGACGAUCACGCGAGUGAAGAAUUAUCUUUUUACGUUGAAAUCGAUUAUUAUUGUAAGACGAAGGGACUAGUUAUUUGUUAAAUCAUUCAUAUAAAUUACAGUUUGGAAACAAGACCUUUGAUAAUUAGAGUUUGGCUUUUUGUUCUCUAGAAUAUUCUAAUAAAUAUAUCGCUUGUCCAAUGUCAUAUAAGUAGUAGAAGUAAUGCCGACCGCUAUUCGUUAUUCUAAAAAUACAAUAUUCCGUGCUAAUUAAUGUUUUCGUUAUAGCUCGAGUCAAGUAACUUUCACCGUUCGUAACAAUACCGUUAAAAUCAAUGAAACUUAUACACAUAGUGUUAAGUUGUACAUACUUAGUGGACUUCGCGCUUUCACUAGGCCGACUAUACGUACUCCAUUAAAAUAUUGUCGUGCAUAUGCCAUGUAGCGGAGGUAGAUCUAAAGAGCUGUCGCAUAGCUAUAGAUUCGUAAGCUCAGGCACGCGCGCUAUAGGACGUUAAUAAUUGAGCUUGACGCUGCAUUAAAACUGUUGUAUAUUGUAUAUUUUCGAAAUUUCAGAGUGUAUGCGCAAGCGGCAAGAUUAUUGUUAUGUUUUGAUUUUAAUGAAAUUAGAGCGAGUCGUCUUCUUUUAGAUUUAUGAACCUGUUGCCCGCGUUAUUUAUUAAUUUUUUUUCAAGGAUAAGCCGCUUGUAUGUACAUGCGUUUUUCAUAUUUUACGCGUGUCAACGUUUUCUUAUUUAUUCAUAAGUCGACACCAGCAAGAAACCUCGAACCAAAUACUGUCACUACAAUUUCAUUAAAAAAAUCUUUAAAAAUCCAUGAAAAAAAUAUAAAACAAACGGUGUAUCUUAUACUUCCAUGUACGCAACUGAGCGAUGCUCUUCGUACAAAAGAUGGCCCUUCGAAGCUCGCGCGCAAGCUCGCGCGCGAAAUACAAACGGUGAGUUGGCAAAGAUUUCUCCUGCUAGUCUAGCCUAGCGCAGCUCAUGCGUUAUUCACCCCCACGUCGAUGUGUGCACAUACGCCGGUGGUGUCCGGAUUCACGUUGACGUUUUAACACAUAGACACGUACUACAUGUAUAGGUGUAUAUAGGUAUACCUAUACACAAAAAAGGAUAGGAGUGAUAGUACAUAGCUGUCGAUCAAUAAGCGUGUCACGCGGCCAGUCAGCCUUUUUGUGUAUAGGUACAAGCGCGACGAUGGACGCAUGGAGGCGGAUAGCUGGUUCGAAGAUAACAGGUGUCGGAAGUGCUUUUAUGCUAUGAAGGGGUUGCAAUCUUGAUAGUAUUAGGGUGACUGAUCGAAGAUAGGAAAUGGAUGGUUAUUUGUCGAUCUUUCAGAGCUGGGAUACGAAAUCAUGAAUUAAAAAUUAAUUAUACAGCUCACAAUUGUUGAUUUUCGGGGUUUUUAAAAGUAGCACAAUUAUACCUAUAAUUUUUGAAAAUUCUCUUUUGAUUGACUGGAGCAUCGUGAAAUCAAUAACUUUCAUAGAUUCAAGACAGAGUUUACCGAACGGAAAUCGAUAUACACUAUUUUCAAAGGUCGCAUAAAUAUUUUUUUUCAAAGACGUGGACUCUUCGCAUACGUUCACAGCUAUUAUAUACGUGUCCUUUCACCUGCAUAGAUAAAUGCCUCGCUGAUUCACUCACAUUUUAAUAAAAGUUGCAGCGCAUGAAUACAAUAAAUAAAGUCACGCGUAUAAGUGGCUAUACACAUUACACAUACACACUUAUCAUGUGGUCACUCGCUCAAAGUCAUGGCAUCGACUACAAAAAGGAAGAAAACAAUAAUGUAAUACUGCACCGCAACGUGCAACUGCAUCGUUUCUAAUCGUUGAUAGCAUCAUCAUAACUGUUCCACUAAUUUCAAAGCAACACGGCAAGCAAUAUAACAGUACACACAAACUUUAUUAUUUACCAUCAGCAAUACGUCAAUACCUUCCAGGCAAGCUAUAGUAGGCAACUCCAAAACCCUUGGAAAUAAUGAAGUAUCACCAGCAGGUCUCGGUGGACUUGAUUAACAUGGUCUACACGGCGAUCGCUUAUCUCGCCCUGGCAGGUGCCGCCUGGCUGUUCUUGCGCCUCAUCCAGGCAUGCUUCUGGCUUCCCGGACACAUGAAGCGCAAAAACGACGUCCAAAGCAUGCUCAAGGAAAAGGUGGACAGCUACGAGCGUUACAUCCAGGAGUGCGAAGCGAAGGAAGCAGCGGGUGAAGUAAAGGACGACGAGGACGAGCGCAGCUUGGAAGAGAAGCGCAAGGAGCGUCGCGAGUGUCUGGACAUGCUUAAACGCGAGCUCAAACGCAUCGAGGACGGUGGCGAUCCCUACGAUUUUGACUACUUACUCAACGAGGAGGAGAAACGACUGCUCGAGGACUGCGAGACGUUGGAGGAUGUCGAGAAGGUCAUCGAGGAGACUACGCCGGAGAAGAAGGACCUGGGCACAGAGAAGGACGAAGCGCCUAAGAACAAACAGGAACUCGAGGAGCCCAAGAAGGACAAGUGAGGAGGAUGUGUGUCACAUCGCCGAUGCCGUGUUAAUUAUGUGCAAGAGAAUUUGAUGGCUUGUGUGAUAUUGUACGCCGAGAUUCGCAGAAUCGGCUGUUUUUUUCAAAUCUAAUGUUGCUUGUUUGUUAUUUUUAACCGAGUUUUGUACAAUGAAAAAAGGUGCACUGAAUACUUUCUUUGAAAUUUUACGAUGUCGUACUUUACGAGAUGAUUCUCAGUAAUAACUUUAUAAACUAAUAAAACGAUCUUACAUGCACAACGAGACAGUAUGAUAGUUGUUAUAAUCGAUUUCUAUAAUCAUCAGCGAUGGUUAUCGACCAAUCUUUCAUAACUAUGUACGGUAAAUCUCUGUAAAUAUUGUCAAUACACGAGAUAUAUACACAAUAUAUUAUACGCAGUAUAAUUUUCCCAUUGUGUAUCAUCGAUUGUGGAUAAUCUGUGUAUACGAGUUUUCUGACAGAAUUCACCACAGGUGCCUUUCUCUAUUAUAACGUAGCACGAAAAUCUCUAGCAAGGAAAAGAGAGAUUAUUCGAAAGGUCCGUCCAGAUCACGUAGACUCACACACGUUGAUAUUAAUUAUUAAAAUCCAUCGUCGCGUGGCGCGAACGAAAAAAGCACACGAUUACUCACACAACUGUUUACCGGCACACGUUUUAUAUUUUCCGUAUUGAUUUUGCCACGUAGGGCUGACAAAACAAUGUGAGUAGCAUUUUUUUUCAAGUGGAAGAAAGAAUACACCAUUUCGUCGUUGAAUUCAAGCGUUAAAAUAUUGGAUUUUCCGUCUACAUAAUGUAAAUUGUAUUUGUGCAUACUGCAAUUAUGUCUAUGUUGUCAUGAUUGAACAAUUUUUCUUAUACAAUGAUGACUACUAUAUUCUUUUGCAAACUCGUAUACUUCUACGAAAAAUAAAGCCAUAUCAGAAAGCAA